UGUUCCCGUCAUUUUCUUUCCACUCGUUGGUUGGCGCCGUUUUCUCUCUAUUCCCGAAGACGCAACGGUUCCGAGAGAAUCUACAAACUUCACACCGGUCACCGGAAGCGACGGCCGCUGACAGCGACACCGUACGGCGGCGAUUCUUCUCAAUUCUACUGCUAUCCACAGAACGCAUUUGAUAUUUGAAUUCUCUCUCAGCCUCUCUCAGUUAACCCUAAAACCCUAACCCUCGCAAUGGCGAUGGAUGAUGCUGCAUCCACACCCAGCAAUCUCGACGAAGACUACUCACCUUCUUCAACCGUCAUCAAUUUCGAACGGCCCAUUCCCUUACUCCGAGGACCGUUACCGGCGGGUGAUUCCGACGACCCAUCGGCGGGUCCGUACAUCCUCGCGUUCAGAGACUCGCAAGCUUGGGCGUCUUCUUUCACCGCCUGUGAGCGGAAGAUCGUUCAUCAGUGUGAGGAAGGGGCGAGGGUUGGUUGCGCCAUCAACGCUUCCAGAUACUGCAAGCCUCCUUGGUGGAAGGCUCUGUCUGGUCCCAAACCGGAGGACUUGAAGGAGCGGGAGCUUUGUGAGGAGCGGGAGAUGGCGGGUUGCUUCGCGGAGGCGAAGGAGAAGUGUGUUGGUAUGGCUAGGGGUAAGUGCUUGGUUCCGUUUAGGGAUGCAAGGAUUAGGAUUGUUUUGGAUUCGAAGGAUGCUGUGAGGUUGAUUGGUCAGGCUUCAAUGCCUGAGAGGAGCUUGUGGGUGAUGAGACAAGUGGGGUGGUUGGGUCUGAUUGGUGGUGAAUUAGGAGUGACGAAUCGCAGGGCUAGUGAAUUGGUGGGAUUUGAUGAGUGUGUUAGAUGCAUUUUAGGUGACAGGGAACAAGGCACCAAAAUCUAAGGCAAUGCUUGAAUGAGGAAGCGCAUCCUGCACAAUUUUGUCACCUAAUACCGGAGAAGUUAUCAGAAUUGCCAUCUCAUAGAGCUUGGUGAAUCAAAUAUCCAGGUUUUGCUUCACUAUCAUUUUUGAACCAUGUUCUGAGUUUUUAUUUUAUUAGUAAGUUAAAAGAUGUUUUCGUUUGUGCAGUGGCAUCAUAACUUUUAAAAUACACCAUAUUCCCUUCUAUUUUAACCUGCAUAAGCUAAAGUACAAAGAGGUUAGAGGCUAAUCUAUGAGAUCUGAUGUCUAAUUGAAUUGGAUCCAUUUAUUAAGUCCACUAAGUACUCCUUUUAACCAUAUUGUGUAUUUGUGUUAUUAUUCUCCUGUCUGGCCUACUUUUUUCCUUACUUUAUGGAAGCCUGAACUUUAUGAAUUGCAACCAUAAUGUGUUUACUUUUUCUUCUAAUAUUUUUUUCCCUUCUCUUGCAUUUUUGGUUAAUGAUGUAAAUGAUUUUUAUGGAAUAUUAACUAUUUUUUUUCUGCAUAUGUAUAACCCAACAAAUAGGUAGGUUUACUCUAAGGUUUAAAAGUUUUUUAUCUGCAUAUUCAGAUCGACUUGCUCCAGGAGUUGUUUGAUUUGUUUAGGAUGAAAUUUCAUUGUUAUGUUAGUAAAAAAAGUUAGUCUUACUGGUGUCUUCUGGUUUAGCCUUAUUCUGAGAUGUGAGGUUAGUUGUAUUUUGCAGAUAUUUAUUGAUUACUGUCUCUGGUUUUUUUUUGUCAACAUACUGUCACUGGUUUGUCCUCCUGUUUGUGUUUGUAUCUGAAGCUUUGGGCCUGUGGUAAUUUUAAAAAAAAGUUAAAUAAGUUAUUGGUUCCUUUUAGCUACUUGGGAAUAGCUCAAUGGAUAAGGGACAUGUGAGGAUUGGUGUCUUCUAUUAUCCAGACUUUACGGGCCAAAUUUAGUUUGCAAGUCUUGGCCCAUUAAAUAAAUAGUCGCAGGUCAAAACAAAACAAUUUUGGCCAACUUUUUUUGGUCAAAAUAGUCUUGGCCCAUUACACACACACCUAAUGUGACUGUUGGACAUAUGGACAUGGUUUAGGCCUAUCCUAUUUAAACAGACACCGGAUAAACAUAAUACGAACACCGCAACACAACAUAAUAUGAACACAACGACACGAUUAAUAUCUAAAAUACAGGACACGCGACUAAUAUGGGUUGGGUUCACUCUCCACGUAGGGGUACUUGCAAGAGGCACUCUGCCGCUGAAGAAUAAUUUUGGGAAGGUGACGUUAGGGUGAAUCAUGGAUACCUGGGGAAGAGUGUCAUGCACCAUUUAUAAUAGUCCUUUGUUUGUCUGUUACUGUCAUGUAAAGGUAAUAUUCCUUGUAGGGCUCGCUGUAGGAUGCUACGAGUUGUUGGAUUUCAAUAGAGGGUGUUCUUUCCUUUGUCGCGUUCCAAGGUGGGGAUGGAUUAUCUCUGCUGUGUUUGUCUUUUGCCUUAGCACAUCUAUGCUUCUAGGUUAUUCCUUAGAAAUAUCUUUGGGAACCAAAUGACAGCUUCAGCAUUCUUCUACAUGAAUAUCCAAUGAAGGCCUUUUGUUGUGAGGUGUGGUACGAGUCGUGGACUUAGGUCAAGUCGAUUGGUUUUGGGUGGAGUUUACCUAUAUGAGUGAAUGGAUGAUAUGGGCUGCACCUAAUGUUGGACAAGUGACUAUGGGCCAGACCACAGAAGUCCCAAGUCGGAACGAUAUUCACUUUUGAGGGAAAAUGGGGUUUUGGUCCCUCUUACGUGAGUUAUAGGCUUAUAGCCAUUAAUUAGAAAAUCAAUUAUGAAGAUUUAAACAACUUCAUAGUUUGUUAUGUGUGUUUGUGUAUGCACAAAACUACAACCAUUGAUUUUUCUUUCCAAAGUGAGAGGAGCCAAAUUUGUGGAAAAAUAUGGUUAUAAUAGCACAAUGGACCUUGCAUGCAUAGAACUCGUGAUAGUUUGUUAGAGGGUCAUGGUCAGUCAAUUCUUUAUUCCUUAUUCAUCCCUCAAUUUUAAUUUUCUCGGGGCCUUAAUGCCCACUCAACUGUUUCGGCUUAUUCAUCACUCCAUUAUAAUUUUCUCGUGGCUUAAAUGCUUCCACUACAAGUUGGCAGCUUGUUACUCCCUCCGUUCUAGAAAGUUUGUAGUUUAAGAUUGUGGCACAAAGAGUAAAAAAAACAAUUAUUGAUAGUAUAAUUUGACUAGAUUGCCCUUAUUUAAUUUUACUAGUAUAAUGUGCAACUAUUAAAUUAUACUUAGAUAGAGAAUAAUGUAAUUAAUAGAGAAAAGUUGUGGUUGGUUAAUAUGAAAGGUGAUAAGUGAGAGAAAAUGUAUUAAAUGAGGUUAUAGGUGGAAAAAAAUAGUAAAAAAUGCAUUGGUUUUAUAAAACAACAAACAUUUUGGGAUAUUAAAAGAUGGUGCAAAACAACAAACUUUCUGGAACAGAGGGAGUAACUGUUAAGACUGAUGGUAACAUAGACUUAUUACGAUGGAUAGUUGAUUUCACGAAAUAAGGUAGGGUUAUGAAUGCAACGUGUUUUCUUCUCACUCCCUAAGGUAGAAUGGUUCAUGAAACUGAAUAUUCAGGUACCAACAAAUUAGAUUUAGGAAUACAGUUAUUAGUCAAAAAAGUUAAAGCAGCUCCACCGUAGAAAAGAUGAUAGUCUUAUCUUAGGUGGUUCGUGUACGUAAUGUGCAGAUUGACACCCAAGUUAGGAGGAGGGCUGACCAUAAAAAAGACAGUUACAUAGCUAAAAGAUAUAGGUCGAUCAAGCAAAGUUAUAAAUAAAAUUAUUAAGAUAUAUUUAGAGGGAAACCAUAACAGAGUUAUGGUGUCGCAUGAUCUAUUUAGUCUACCCCAUUUAUUGGAAAAAAUAUUCAGGUUCUUAUAGAUAUCUCCGAGUGAUGUGUAAAGAUAAUAGGAUUUUCUUAGCACGAACGAUAAUUGCUGAGGCUUUGUUGCAUAGAAGUAGUGGCUUACUAAUGAUAUUUAUAUCUAUACGUGAGGAGGAUGAUUUGUUUUCAAUUAUUCGAAAACAAAGAAUGGGUCAUUUGGAAAGGGAUAUGUAUUGAUUUCCUUUAUUUAGUUGACAGUCGACAUAGGAAGCUGCUGGGAAGUUUCACUGACGGCAAUGUCCAUAUUGCUUGUCAGGAUCCAACUUCUGUUCACCUCACCUUCACAUUUUAAAAUGUCAUCAUGGAAUUAGUUGCUAUCACAUCUUGUUUGUGUAUAUAUCCCUUUUUGAGUGGGAGUGAAUUUGAGGUGUGAAUAGUUUAAUUGUUUCUUUGCUGCUAGUGGUAGGUUUCAAUUUCAUACACUGCUGAAAGCCUGAGCAGUGAAAAGUCAGCAAAUUGAGUUACGAAGUUACUUGGUAAUUUCGAUUAGUUAAUUAUGACUAUCUUGCUAUCUUAAUAAUGCGGUUAUAGUGAUAGUGACAGAAGUGUUAAAGGGAGCAAGAAACAAGAGCACUGAACAUGUGACAUGACUAACUUUUUCCAUAUAAACUUCGUGCAAUCCAGCUCUGAUUCAUCGUGCUCGUCACAGUUGGAAAGUAGAAUAGAAAAUGCAGCUUGACUACAGGACACUAGAGUUAAAGUAAACCAGUUCAGAGAAAAGGAUGGAUAUAAGAAUGCUGGAAAAGGCAUGGGAGUUGCUCAAAACUUAAUGUCUUGCGUAAUUCAUGCGUUUUUAACUUAGUCACUGGCAAUUGGUUGUUAGUUUAGUCACUGGUGGGGUUUUCAUAAAAGAAAAUUGCUGAUUCUCCUUUCAUAAUUAACUUGUCUUGUGGAAAUGCUCUGCAUCUUGCCUGAAUCUUUAAACUCUCUAGAGUCUAGUCCCAUAUUAGGCAUUUUCGUAGUGGAAACGGCCAAUUGACUUUAUGAUUUGUCCUUCUGGAAAUUAAUGAGAACUACUAAGAACUAGUACUCAAUGGCUGUGCUUGUUAGAGCGUAUCCAUCCCUAGGUUUUUAAUUGGCUAAAAUUCACUUUUGGCCCCUGAUGUUUUAAGUUUGUGCAAAUUCUGCCCCUACUCUAUUUUUGUCGAUGUUUCUACCCCUCAUGUUUUCAAACAGUGCAUCGUCUACCCCUCAUGUUUUCAAACAGUGCACCGUCUACCCCUCCGUCAGGGUAGACGGUGCACUGUUUGAAAACAUGAGGGGUAGAAACAUCGACAAAAAUAGAUAGGGGCAGAAUUUGCACAAACUUGAAACAUCAGGGGCCAAAAAUGCUUUUUAGCCUUUUUAAUUUUUAGUUUUUAGCACUAUUCACAUGAGCUCGUACUGUCAUAUGUGCUCUAAGCAACUUUUGCAUAUUUCACUCUAAUCACAAGUUCUAAACUUUGAGUUCUUAGCACUAUUCAUCUUGUCCAACCACACCACAUUAUUUAUAUUUUUUAUUUUUAUAAAGUAAUAAAACAAAACAUAAAGUAAUAAAACAAUUUGGAUGAGAAAAAAAAUAUUUUUUUAUACUAAGAACUCAUGAAGCAUAGUUUAUAUAAAAACUGGUUCUUAUUUUUAAGAACUAAGAACUUUACGUCAGUCAUUUUCGAUGCUUAAGAACGUGAUUCUUAUUUCUUAGCUUAAGAACUGAUUCUUAGCACUGGUUCUUAGUUCUUAGCCCAAUUGGAUACUAGUAUUACUUCAUUCGUUUCAAAAUAACUCUCGAGAAAGAGAAGAAACACACAUAUUAAAAAAUGUAAUUAAUAUUGUUAACUUUUUAAACAUUUUAUUAGUUUUCCUAGUUUAUCCAUCAAGUGUAUUUGUAUCUCUCCACAUUUAUUGUUUUCGUAGGGGCAGUAUAUGAAAAAACAUCAAUUAAUGUUCUAUUGAAAUUUUAUGUUCUAUUGAAAUUCUAAGUGAAUAGUUACUACGAAACAAAUUUAUCUAAGUGAACAAUUAUGUUGAAUAAGGAGGGAGUACUAUAUUAUUGAUUUUGAGUUAUCUAAAUUAAUUUAAUUUAAACAGAAAAGUUAUGCUAGAUGUUAAUUUUUACGAAGAAAAUUAGGAGUUGGAUGUGACAAAUUCAUAAUUUAGUUGUUUGUUACAUUAUUUUGUUCAUCCUCCAUGAUUAAAAAGAGGCAAUCUGAUAGUCAUCCAAUGGUUAUUAUUGCUUAUCAGAGAUGAGAUUAUUGUGGACAAGUAAUAUUGGCAAAUAGAUAAAACUGUGUGAUAUUUUAUUGUAUUAAAUAUAUAAAUGAUCUAUUCAACAAAAAAAAGAAGUUAUAAUGAUCUUAAUCUGACCUCAGAUUCUUUGCAAGUGAACGUCAUAUGUCCCUU